CACUUUCUUAACGCGAAUCCGCCAUUUUGUACGUAGCUGGCGGUGAUUCGGGGUUCGCUUUCCCGGCUAAGUGUUUAUUGCGUGGAAAACCUGGAAAACUUCGUUUUAUUUCCUUCUCCAACUGACUUUAGGCGAAACUGACAUUUUAGUGUAUAAAAUUUGCUUCGGUACCAAGUGCUUUCGUGAUUUGUGAGUGCACUGUAAUUGGAGCGCGUGGCUGGUUACUCUUUGUUGUUGGAUUCUGCGUAAAAUAGGUCAUUGCCGGAGCAGAAAGCAGUUUGGACUAUACAGAGUGUUAAGUGAGCAGGUGUGUGUGUGCGAGGCAGCCUCGCCGUGGUGUGUGCAAGUGGCGUGUAGUGUCAGUGUGUGUACAGUGAACAGUGACAGUGUGUGUGUGCGUGCGCGCGUCCGGAGUGGCGCCGACGCAAGCGUCACCUCGACGCAGGUGCGCCGAUGGAUCGGUGAUCGCGAUCUGACUACAUCGCAAGAGCAGCGCUGGUAAAAUGAGCGCAGCGCGGCCGAGAACGAUUUGCCAACGCCAACCCUAAUGACAUUGAAAUUGUGACGCGCUGCGGAGCGGUGGUUAAAGCGGCUCUGCCGCUUUAAAUGGACAAACGCAAGAUGAUGCCAAAGAGAGCGCGAAUGGAAAGUAUGCGGGGUCCUAUAGCCAAUGGACCCCUGCAGUCAAGGCCCCUAGUGGCGUUACUUGACGGCCGGGACUGCACCGUCGAGAUGCCGAUCCUGAAGGACGUGGCGACGGUGGCGUUCUGCGACGCACAGUCCACCUCGGAGAUCCACGAGAAGGUGCUCAACGAGGCGGUGGGCGCUCUCAUGUGGCACACCAUCAUCCUGACCAAGGAGGACUUGGAGAAGUUCAAGGCGCUGCGGAUCAUCGUACGCAUAGGCUCCGGCGUCGACAACAUUGACGUCAAGGCGGCUGGAGAAUUAGGCAUAGCUGUAUGUAAUGUGCCGGGAUACGGCGUGGAAGAGGUAGCGGACACGACCAUGUGUCUCAUAUUGAAUUUAUAUCGACGGACAUACUGGCUCGCCAAUAUGGUGCGAGAAGGGAAAAAGUUCACAGGUCCGGAGCAGGUGCGCGAGGCGGCGACGGGCUGCGCGCGCAUCCGCGGCGACACCCUCGGCAUCGUAGGCCUGGGCCGCAUCGGCUCGGCCGUGGCGCUGAGAGCCAAGGCGUUCGGCUUCAACGUCAUCUUCUACGACCCCUACCUGCCCGACGGCAUCGAGAAGUCCCUCGGCCUCACCAGGGUCUACACGCUGCAGGACCUCCUAUUCCAAAGUGAUUGUGUAUCAUUGCACUGCAGCUUAAAUGAACACAAUCAUCACCUUAUCAACGAGUUCACUAUCAAACAGAUGCGCCCAGGCGCGUUCCUGGUAAACACCGCGCGCGGCGGGCUGGUGGACGACGAGGGACUCGCGGCGGCGCUCAAGCAGGGCCGCAUCCGCGCCGCCGCACUAGACGUGCACGAGAACGAGCCCUUCAAUGUCUUCCAGGGCCCACUGAAGGACGCGCCGAACGUGCUGUGCACGCCGCACGCGGCCUUCUACUCGGACGCGUCGGCGCAGGAGCUGCGCGAGAUGGCCGCGUCGGAGAUCCGGCGCGCGAUCGUCGGCCGCAUCCCCGACUGCCUGCGCAACUGCGUCAACAAGGACUACUUCCUGCCCGGCGCCGCGCCCGUGCUGGCGCCGCCCGCGCCGCCCAUCCCCGCGCCGCAGCCGCCGCCCAGCACCUACAGCGAAGGCAUGAACGGCGGGUACUACGGCGGCGGCGGCGCGCAGGCCGCGCACUCCACGACGGCGGUGCACGAGGCGCCCGCGCUGCCGCCGCAGCCCGCGCCGCAGCCGCCGCCGCAGCAGCCGCCCAUCACCCUCCCAAUCAACACUUCGGACUCGGGUAACCACCAGAUGAAGCAGGAGAGCUCCGACGUCCACUAGGCGACACGCUACGUUGCAGUACCGUCAGCGCCGAGCAAACAAACAAACAUACAAACAAUAGUUUUAUUGAUUCCAUCGCAACUAUGUCAUAAGUACCUACGUCGUAAGCCAACGAGUGAUAUCAAGUGGACCGACGUUUGCAUACGCAUGCCUGUUAGUUUAGUUCCUGAAACUGUUCAGCCCUGACCUCCGUGCAGAAAGGCUGAGCAAGGCCAAGAUGUUUUGGCAACCCUACCGAGACAGGCUGCUAGAACAAGCAAUAUCUAAAUAUUGAGAUAUGUAUGCCUGUCCAAACGUUUUGUCUCUGCGGUGAGCAUAAAGGACAUACCCCUAAAGCUAUAUUUAAUUACGCCUGUAAUAAGUGUAAAAGACAUUUUAAACAAUAUAGGAAGUGAGACGAGGGAGCGUACAAAAUAAUAAAUGUAGCUUUAUAGUGCAUGUAUUGAAUGUGAAAGACUGUAAUUUGGGGGUGUUUUGAAUAUUUUUGCAAAUCUAUCGUCCAAUGGACUCCGCUUACGGACUCUUAAAGUAUAUUUGAUGUGUAUAAGUGACGCGUGUUGGUGCAAACGUCGUUUGAGCGAUUAGUUGAUUCUGUGUUUGUAUUUGGUAAGUUGGGACAGCUAUAUUAUAUACUGUUAUGAAGCGUGCAAAUAUCGCGGGCCGAUGUAUGUGUGUGGAGUGAAGGGGCGAUGUUUCGAACGUACUGUACACGUGCCGUCACGUAGAAAGACCUCUGAUAUUGAACUUGCGCAGUGGGUGAUUUACCGUUUGACUAGCUGAUGUCCAUGACUUCGCUGAUGUGGAUGUAGGGUUUUUAAAAAUCCUAUGGGAACUCAGAUUUUCCGGGAUAUAAAGUAGUCUGUCACUCCAGGCUUUAACUAUGUCCAUGCAAAAAAAAAAACACAUUUGUAGGACGAACCAACAAACAAACACACUUUCACAUUUAUAAUAUAGUGAGGUACGAUGACGGGGGUUGCUACGCCGCAUAUCGGUUCGUCAGUCAACCAUUCAUUAGCGUGCUGUAAGAAAACAUGCGCAGGUAAAUCUUAAUCAAUGUCCAGAGGUCUUUUUACAUGACGCCAAUUGUAUGAUGGAAUUGAAAUAUUAUGUUAAAUCUACUUAAAUUGUAAGAACUAUAUUUCUUUUUUUUUUUUGUUUAAGUACACGAAAAAUUUAUUAGGCUGAAAAUGGCCGAAUACUGAAAAACUAUUACUGCAGAAGAGCAAUUAUGUGGUUGUUUUUUACAGUAUCUGUAUGGAUGAAAUGCCAAAAAUAAACAUUUUUUAUGUUUUCAAUUGAAAUCAAAUAAAACGUAAGACCUUCUUAAAUUAAGUUUUGAAAUGCUUUUCAGUAUUCAGGAAAUUGUUGUACAAAUUGUU